GGGAGGUAUUCGGCCUAUUGCACUUCUUCUAGCAGGGCCAGCCAUCUGCGCGUUGACAGAAAAAUACGGCGUUCAACAGGCGGCUCUGUACGGGUUGAUGAUUCUAUUCGCCAUCACCCGCCCAACCAUGCUCACUGCCGGGGGCUUUUGGGCUUUGGCGGCGGUGGAGAUAUCGUGUUCCGUUUCCUCAAGUCCAAUGAAUAGCCUCAUUGACGCCGCCGUGAGGAAGGCAUUUGGAUCGGGCGGGUACGGGACACAGAGGUCGUGGGGUGCAGCCGGCUAUGGACUCGCGACCCUCAUCAGUGGCUUUGUGUAUGACGCUGCCGGGGGCAGUUACGACGGCUUGAUGGUUGUUUUCGUGACCGUCUUGGCACUAGCAUUGCUAGCGGCCCUCGGUGUUCCGGUUGGACGAACCAAUGAACCAGCCGGUGGUCAAGAUGAUGAGGAACCGCGGGGCGAUCGAUCAGGGACCAGUGACAACUGGUCCGCUCAUGGGGAAACAGAGCUUGUCGAGACCGGACGCGCGAGGGAAGACGAGGUUACCAAUACCCGGCCCUGCGUAGGAAUGAACGUCGACGAUUUGGAGGACGAGGAAUCGAGUAAACGACCAGAUCACGUGGAACAAGAGGAACAUCGCGUGGCUUCAGUCCUCUGGAUUAUGUUCAGCGCGCCGCAGAAUUUUUCGUUCUUUUUGGGAGUCAUGCUAAGCGGCAUGGCGAAGGGCGUGAUCGAUACCUUCCUUUUCAUCUGGUUGGAUGAGCUCGGGGGCUCUCACGUUCUCCUGGGCCUUGCUGGAGUUGUAAUGUGCUGCGGAGAAGUGCCGUUCUUCUACGUUUCGGGAUCUUUCAUCCGGAAAAUUGGACCGAGAAACGUAGUGGCCCUGUCGCAGAUUGGAUACAUCGUACGACUAGUCUACUACUCGGUUCUAUGGGACCCAUGGUGGGUGCUUCCGGCGGAACUUUUGCACGGCCUCACGUUUGCUGCUAUGUGGGCUGCUACGACCGACUACGCCCACGGGAUAGCGCCAGGUAGGGACCAGACGUCCCCGCUUGAGGCCCCCCACGGUUGGUAGCACACGAUAGAGGAGAGCCGAUCGCUGCGUCUACUUUGCAACGGUUACUGAUAUCCGGAAAUGGGCACCCCAUCACCCAAAUAUGGCCAACUCCAACCACGCCGUGCUUCCCCGCGUGACACAGCUAUUUGUUCCAACUGGUCGACCCGUUCCGCCAUCAGCACAUUUGCGCUCGACGAUGCAAGCAACGGUGGCGGGUCUCAAGCGUGGGUUGGGGUACGGGUUAGGGGCCACCCUCGGCGGAGUUUCGUAUGCCAAUCUCGGGCCGAGGAGGUGUUUUCUGGCCAGUGCCGCUCUGCCCGUUUUUUCCCUCCUCUUGCUCAUCGUCCUGCCCUGGAUAAGUAUCGGUGGAGGCUUGCGGGAGCAGGCGGCGGGUACAGAGGGGCUGGAAUACUGGGGAACAAAGAGUUGUCACGAGGAGGCCGAGGAAAAUCAUGUCGGCGCCGAAUUCGAGAACAACGACCUCGACGCUGUGGAGAGCCGACCAGAGUAACACAAAGGAUCAAUGCCCAACCCAGGAGCUUCAGAUCCGUUCCGGUGCCAAGCCUCAAACCCCUUCCUCCUCCGCCGAAGCAUGCAGCACGCUCAUACAGCACACACACCCUGUGUCAUUCUUUGGGUACCGACGUCGACGUAAUAAUUGGGUGUUUCAUGUUGUGGCGUUGGAUGGACUUCGGGAGGUCUUUGGAAGGUUCUUGUAUUCCCCUCGAAGUACUCUAGUCGGCAUGUGCCCGCCAGACGAACGUCGCCAAGUAGAAAUCGAGUUUGUGAGAUAAAAGAGGAAUACGCGCAGCUAUUUUGGUUGCAUUGACGCCCAUUUGCCUCGACGGAAGGGGAAAGGAGGGCGUGAUGCGUUUACAGUCUCACUUGAACAAAGUCUUGAAGGCGACCAAGGGCGCACAACAAAAGUCUUCCCACAUACCUACCCGACACCCCCCC